CGUCGAUUGGCGUGCCCCGCGCGAUGCAGGUGUGGGGUGAGACGCGGGGACCGCGGGGGGGCCGGAAUCGGCCGACGCGGACAGACGUCAACAACGUCGUCGAUAGGCCCAACAUAUCCCAACCGAAGCACUCCUCCUCAUUCCUACAAAUUUUGGGUACUUAGGCACUGCACUCGUCCGCCGCAGACAGCAUGCCCUCUCCAUCCUUCAUCCACCACAACAAUGGCAUUCACCACGGCCCCAGACUCCACGGCAGCUGAACACGCCGCCUCCUCCACCACAGACGACAAAACCCCCCACCCGGACGUGCCGACCGCCCUCGCCGCCGCGCGCGCCCGCUACAUCGCGCGCAACCCGCUCUCACAGCGCCAACACACCAUAGCCACGGCCAGCCUCCCCGGCGGCAACACGCGCACACUCUUACACACGUCACCAUUCCCACUCUGCCUGUCCUCAGGGCACUCCGCGUCCGUCACAGACGUCGACAACCACACGUACACGGACCUGGUCGGCGAGCUGACAGCCGGCCUCUACGGGCACACGCACCCCGUGCUGCGCGCAGCCGUGCACAGCACGCUCGACGACGUGGGCGUGACGCUGGGCGGGACGACGGCGCAAGAGGCGCGCUAUGCCGCUCUGCUGUGCGAGCGCUUCGCGCUGCAGCGCGUGCGGUUUUGCAAUUCGGGCACCGAGGCGAAUCUGCAUGCGCUGGGUGCUGCGCGCGCGUUUACGCGUCGCCGCCGCGUCGUCGUGUUCAAGGGGGCGUAUCAUGGGGGCGUGCUGAGUUUUGCGGAUGGCACGCCGGCGGCGAAUACGGUGGAUAGAGACGACUUUAUAGUCGCGCCGUAUAACGACACCGAGGCAGCGUGUGCGGCCAUCGCAUCCCACGGCGCCGAGCUGGCGGCCGUGCUCGUCGAGCCCAUGCAAGGCGCGGGCGGGUGCAUUCCCGGUCGCCGCGAUUUCCUGCACGCGCUGCAAAGCGCAGCCCGCGCGGCCGGCGCGCUGCUCGUGCUCGACGAGGUGAUGACGUCGCGGUUUGCGCCGGGGGGCUUGCGGGAGGCGCUGGGGCUGGCGCCCGACCUCGUCGUGCUCGGGAAGUAUCUCGGCGGGGGCCUGGCGUUCGGGGCCUUCGGCGGGCGGGCGGACGUCAUGGGCGUGUUCGAUCCGCGCGCGCCCGGGGCGCUCGCCCACUCCGGCACCUUCAACAACAACACGCUCGCGCUGGCGGCGGGGCAUGCGGGGCUAAGCGCAGUAUACACGCCCGCGGCGUGCGCGGCGCACAGCCGGCUUGGGGAGGAGGUGCUAGCGCAGCUGCGGACGGCGACGGAGGGCACGAGGGCGACGUGGACGGGGUGCGGGAGCGUGGUCGCGCUGCAUGUGAGCGAUGCUGGUGCGAGGGACUUGGUGCGCAAAGACGAGGUAGUGGAACGAGAGGAUUUGAAAGAGCUGUUUUGGCUCGAGAUGCUGGAGCAGGGGUUUUGGGUGUCGCGGCGCGGGAUGCUGGCGUUGGUGCUGGGGACGGAGCGGGCGGAGUUGGAGAGGUUUGUUGACGCGGUGAGGGCGUGGUGUCGCAGGUAUUGGGCGUUUGUGGGGUUGGGGGGAGAAGGAGGGGUGUAGAUAGGUGUGGAGGGGGAGGUAGGUAGGUAGGUACGUUCGUUUGCUCAGCCAUACAUAUACUACCUGUAUCCAGUCCCCAUUCCCUCGCCACACCACAUCAUGCACUGAGCAGUUACACACAGUAAGUACUCCUACGUAGACGGAUAAUUCUAACAAAUAGAACUGGACAAGGUAUAUAUACCUUCGACAUCCCUCUCUCGUCUCUUUCCUCUCCUCUCUUCUGCGUGGGUGACGGUGAUAAUAGUGACCUCUAGAUCCCUCCGUCUGGGUUCGAGAGCA